AUGGAUGGAGGCCACCAGAGUCAAGUCUCCGAGUUCCUGCUCCUGGACUCAGAGAGUCCUGCAGACCAGAAGGUCCUGUGUUAGAUGUUCCUGUGUAUGUACCUGGUCAUGGUGGGAAAUGUGCUCAUUAUCUUGGCCAUAGGGACUGACUCCCACCUGCACACUCCCAUGUACUUCUUUCUGGCCAAUCUCUCCUUCGCUGACCCCUUCUUUGUCACCAACACAAUCCCCAAGAUGCUGGUAAACAUUCAGUCCCUGAACAAAGCCAUUUCCUACGUGGGAUGUCUGACACAGCUCAACUUCCUGGUCCCCUUGGUGACCCUGGCCAACCUCAUUUUGGCCACGAAGGCAUAUGACCACUAUGUGGCCAUCUGCGGCCCUCUCCACUACACCAUGGCCAUGAGCCCUGGGCUCUGUGUGGUGCUCCUCACCUUCUGUUAGGCACUCUCUAUCCUCUGUGGCCUCAUCCACACCCUCCUCAUGCUCAAGGUGACUGUCUGUGGGUCCCAAAAGAUCUAGUACAUCUUCUGUGAGAUGUAUGUCCUGCUGAGGUUCACGUGUUCCAGCACUCAGAUGAAUCACACAGUGCUGAUGGCCACAGGCUGUUUUAUCUUCUUCACCCUAUUAGGGUCCAUGAUCAUGUCCUUCCAGAUUGUCUGAGCCAUCCUCCAAAUACCCUCAGCCACUGGGAAGUAUAAAGCCUUCUCCUCCCGUGCCCCACAUUUGGAUGUCAUCUCCCUCUUCUAUGAGACACUUGACAUGGUAUAUCUGUAGCCUCUCCUCACCUAUUCCAUGAAGGACUCGGUGGCCACAGUAGGCUGUGGGGUCAUCCCCAUGAUGAAGAACUCUUUCAUCUAUCUGAGGAACGAGGACAUGCAUGGGGCCUUGGGAAGACGCCUCCUAGGGAAAGCCUUCACAGAGAUUGACGUGAGGAUCAUCAUGGAAAUAGCCGCCCGGAAGUUAAUUCAAGUUCCAACCGACACUCAGAAGUGGGAGCAGUCCUUUCUCAUCCUUCCAGUUCCUUGGCUCCAAGAAGAGAUCACAGAGCAGACGAGCUCCAGGUGUAGCCAUGGGCAGUUUUAG